AUGGACUACCUCGCCGAGCGACAGCACCAGCUCACCGUCCACCUCUACACCGGCUCGGCGCUGCAGCCUGAUGGUCGGUUUGGUGGAGGUGGUGAUCACCAAGUUGACGCUGUCACCGCCAUCGAACUGGUAGAGCACCUGUGGCCACAAACUGAGCUGCCCGCCUUUGUCAGCACCGUCUUUGGACACAUUCGCCCGAAGCUGGUGGUGAUCACGACGCCCAAUGCCGAGUACAAUUCGCUGAUUCAACGGGCAGUGGCAGAGGCAAAAAAGAAGGAUGCUGAUGCUGAAGAUGGCAAAGAACCAGGUGACAACAGCAAGAACAACAACAACAGCAGCAGCAAUGGUUUCCGGGAUGCUGACCACAAGUUUGAGUGGACGAGAGAGCAGUUUGCCAGCUGGUGCACUGGCGUCGUUCAGCAGUACGACGACUACCGCUUCCACCUGGACGGCGUUGGUCGGCUGGCAGCGGACACCGAACAGGUCACCGGCUACUGCACGCAGAUUGCUCUCUUCACGAGGAAAGUGGCUCAAGAUCGACCAUCUGCAGGUAAGACUUCUCAAACAAAAGCGGGCGAAGUGUACAAGCUGUUCAGUAGUCACUGCUACAGAAAAAGCACUCCUAGUUCUUGA